UUCCUUGGCUCUGUGAUGCAAGUGUUACAUGAGAGUGUGUGCGUGGAGCGCCAGGAUACCGCGCCCUUUCCUCCGCACCCUUCCCUCACGGACUGCGCGCAUUUUGUUUACUGCCCGUUCGCUCUGGAGAACAUGGACAUCUUGGCUUUCCCGCAGCUCCUGCUCAAUCUCUUCGACAGGUUCACGGUGCUGGCCAUGUUCUGCACCGUCUUUUGUCUGGUCUUUGACUUCAUGAAGAGGCGGAAGACGUGUGGGAACUACCCUCCCGGGCCCCGGGGGUUCCCUUUCGUCGGGAACAUCCUGCAGGUGGAUCUGAGCAACCCUCACCUGUCAUUCGCAAAGCUGUGGAAGAAGUACGGCGAUGUGGUGAGUUUAGAGUUUGGAUGGACAAACCUGGUGGUGCUGAGUGGCUACAAGACCCUGAAAGAGGCUCUGGUGAAGAAAUCGGAAGACUUUGCAGAUCGGCCCAACUUUCCAAUCUAUGAGAAGUUCUUUGAGCAGCAUGGGGAAGGUAUCGUGUUUGCAAAGUACGGAGACUGGUGGAAACAGCAAAGGAAAUUUUCACUCUUGAACCUGAAGAACUUUGGGCUCGGAAAGAAGUCCCUCGAAUUGCAAAUUGUGGAAGAGGCUGAAUUUUUAAUUGAAGGUUUUGAAAGUGAACAAGGUCGUCCUUUUGAUCCACAUUUCCAUUUAACUUAUGCGACCUCCAGUAUUAUCUGCUCAAUUGUCCUUGGCAAACGCUUUGACUACAGUGAUGAAAAGUUCCUUCGACUUUUGCACAUGCUUGAAGAAAGCUUUGUGUUGGAAGGUGGAUUUUGGGGUCAGCUAGUGAAUGUGUUCCCCUUCCUGUAUUACCUCCCAGGACCGCAAAACAAAAUAUUUCAAAAUCAGGACAAAAUUAUACGGUUUUUUCAAGAUGUAAUCAUGAGCCAUAAGGAAACAUGGGAUCCAAAUUAUACCAGGGACUUUAUUGAUGCUUUAUUAACACAACAGGAGAAGGCAAAGAAUGAUCCGAACACAAGUUUCGUGGAGACCAAGAUGAUUAUGACAGUGGCUAGCCUCUUUGCUGCAGGUACAGAGACCACGUCCACCACCCUAAGCUGGGGCUUGCUCUUCAUGGUGUUACAUCCAGAUGUGCAGUCUCGGGUUCACGAGGAGAUUGACAGAGUGAUUGGGAAGGGUAGAAGGCCAAGAUUGGAGGACCGGGAGAAAAUGCCAUUCACAAAUGCUGUUAUUCAUGAAACACAACGCUUAGGGAAUAUUCUUCCAAUCUCACUGCCUCAUCAAACAUACAGAGAUACCACGGUCAUGGGAUACACCAUCCCGAAGGGAACAAUUAUCAUUCCAAACAUUUCCUCUGCCUUGCUUGAUGAAGAUAUUUGGUUGACUCCACAUCAGUUUAAUCCAGGACACUUCCUCGAUUCCAACGGGAAGUUUGUGAAGCCAGAAGCCUUCAUCCCAUUCUCGGCAGGUCAUCGUGUGUGUUUGGGGGAGCAGCUGGCAAAGACGAAGCUCUUCAUCUUCUUCACGUCCAUGCUCCAAAGAUUCACGUUGUUUGUCCCGGAAAAUGAGGCAAGACCAAGCUACAAGGAAGCUCGAUUCGGAAUUACCCUCCGCCCACUGCCCUAUCGGCUCUGUGUUAAAGCCAUAUAGGGACAGAUAUUCACUAUCUGGGCUCAGGAGGCUUUUUGCUAAACUCAGAUUCAAAAUGCUGAUUUUUUUUAUUCAAGGCAUUUAUUGUUAAUCUUUAACUAGUACUAAUUUAUCAGUCCUCUUGAGAAACAAUCAUGUCCAAGAUUAGGAAACAUCAUUAACUUAAUUGGGACUACGACCUAAUCAGAAGAAACAAUGUUGUUUGAGUUAAACUAAGUCUGCUGCAGUCUGACCUGAUCAAUUCAGUUGUGAAAUUACCACAUGCAGAUGAGGGCAACACUAGAUGACUUGUAAGAAAAAGUUAUAUAAACUCUUAAAGGCAGUAAAAGUGCGGAGUUACAAACAUGACAUGGAUCUCAAUCCUCAGCCUUGAUCUGAGAAGGCUCUCUUCCCAGACCAGUCUUACUGUGUUGCAACUUAUUUGUCUGCAACUCAUCUAGUUAGUAAGAAUUGGACAUAUGUUUGGAUAUCAUUUAUAGAUCUAUAAUCUCUAUUAGAAUUACUCCUCAAUAUAAAUGUGCUCCACUUAUUUAAUCUGUUUGAUUAGCUGGAUGCAUCUCCUCCUUGGUUGGGAGGGAGGAAUCACUGCUUGAAAGAGUGACUAUUGACAGUUAAACUCCUUCAGAAAAUAGAUAAGAUAUCUAACUGGUCUUUGCAUUCUAGGAUGAUACAGUGUAAUCUCCGUAAAGUGAGGGUGCAUAUUUGCAGAAUGGAGUUGUUGGACCAUGUGGCCGACUUCUGUCCCUAUGUAUAAAGGUCUUGUGUACACCUACAGGACUUAACUUCAGUUUAGGGCUCUAGAGAUUGUUGAUAUAUUAUCUUUCAGUUAGCGGUAACAGAACAGUAACAGGCCCUGCUUGCCCAGCUAUUUAACCCAAUCCUAAAUACACCAUGUGACUAAUUAAUGUACUAACUCACACAUAUUUGGAAUGUGGAAGGAAACCUGCACAAUCACGGGGACAGCAUACAAACCCCUUUCAGAUAUUGGUGGAAUUGAACCCUGAUCACUGGCACUGUAAUAGCGUUACGCUAACUACUACACUACCAUGCCAUCCCAAACUCUAAAUUGACGGUGAUGAAUGUAACAAUUGAUUGGCCCUUUUUUUUCAAGAAUGAAAAUCUUACUAGUGCACAUUAUUUCAAUUUCUAAAAGCAUGAUAGAAGUCUGUGGAACACACUUUCAGGCUUUCAUAUCUUCUGCCCGAUGGGAGGGGAGAAUGUUUGGAGUGGGAGGGUCUUUGAUUAUGUCCGAGAAGGAAUGGAAGAAUGAGCUCCUGAGCUUGGCCAAACUGCCUGAAGAAAGAAUAAAGUCUGAAUUUGAUUUGAUUACAAUUGUAGGUUCUGCUGACUGCCGAACAACACUAAUUUACAGCAGAGUUCAUAGUGAUAAAAUCAAAGAGCACUGUUCUCCUAAUGCUAAUGAGUGACCCUACAUGUAACAUCUUGUUACUGCUAUGAUAGAUGGGAACAUUUUGAUGGCACAAGUGUGCAAGAGGUUUUGGUUGAAAGUUGCAACUGGACUAUACCUUGUUUUGGAUGAUGGGAAGUUAACGGACAACAGGUCAAUGAGUAACACACUUUCAUGUGAAGAGCUUAGGAUACUGGUGGAUGGUGACGAGACUGCAGGGAGGACACAGUUAGGUUUAAAAGACACAUAUAUAAAGUGUAGCAAAAGAACUGAUGAGCUGCGUGCACACAAGGGUUCUGUGGGUUUAUGAUGCAGUGUAAUAAUUCAAACACAGCUCCAAAAGUACAGGAAUGAUCACUUAAUACUCUUGAUCAGGAAAGAAGUGUCAGGUGACAGUGCUGAUUCAGGAAAAUGUACAUAAUGCAGAGAUAGAAUCUCUUUAAGAGAUAAACAAGUGAAACCAUUGCUUAAAUGUGAAUGAGGUAAUAAAUGACUGGGGAGGUUCCUGAGGCCACCACAGAUUGAGUGGGAGAAAGGAGGAACCCUGCAAGGACAUUACCAGAUCGUAAGGAUCUGUGAUACUGAGGGUCCUCAGCUCCCACAGUAUGGAUUAGAAUAACGUUGGAGCUAUGGGAAGAGUUUCUCAUCUAUGAUUCUGUGAUCAGCAUUUGGUUAGACCAAAGAGGAAAGUGCCAAGUGGAACAACUUUCAGAGUAGGAACACUGGGGGAGCACCUUGUAGUUUUCUGUAUUCAAUUCUAUGAUUUCAGGUAAGUUGAUUUUUCUGUAUCAGCUAGCUCUCUGUGAUAUUGCAGAGAUGCAAGAGAGACUGCAGGUGCUGGAAAUUUGGGUCAACACACACAAAGAGAUGCAGCGGGUUAAGAACCAGAGCGCCAGAACAGAUAAGUAGAGAGGUUGUGGAGGCAAAUGUUGUUAAGACCUUGGACAAAGGCAGAGAUCAGAAAAUUGAGCAUGGUGCGACUAAUGUUCUGAGCUGCGUAUAGUUCAAUGCAAGUAGUAUUGCAGGAAAGGCAGAUGAGGUCAGGGUAUGGAUCAACACUUGGAAUUAUAAUAUUGUAGCCAUUAGUGAGACUUAGUUGUAGGUGGAGCAGGACUGUUGAGUUAAUAUUCUGGGGUUCUGUUACUAUAGACACAGCAGAGUGGGAGGGAUUAAAAUGAGUGGGGGGGUGGCAUUACCUGUUAGGGAAAAUGUCGUGCAGUGCCCAGUCAGGACAGACUGGAGAACUCAUCUAGGUAGGCUUUAUGGGUGGAACUGAAGAAUAAGAAAAGUAUGUCCACGUUAAUGGGGCUAUGUUAUAGACCACCCAAUGUCUGUGGGAUUUAGAGGAACAAAUUUGUAGAGUGAUCACAGACAGUUGCAAGAAACAUAAGGUUCCUUUCGUAGGUGAUUUUAACUUUCCACAUAUAAACAGACACCCAUACUAUAAAAGGAAUAGAUGGGACAGAAUUUGUCAAAUGUAUUCAGGAACGUUUCUUUAGUCAGUACAUUGAAAUCCCAAUGGCAGCGUGUACAAUACUUGAUCUCCUAUCAAGGAAUGAGACAGGAGAGGUGACAGAAAUUCCUGUAGGGAACACUUUUGCAUCUAGUGAUUUAAUGCCACUAGUUUUGAAGUAAAUAUGGAGAAAGAUACGUCUGGUCUGCCAGAUUGAGAUUCUAAGUUGGGAAAAGGCCAAUUUUGUUGGUGUCAGAAAGGAUCUGGCAAGUUUGGAUUGGGGCAAGAUGUUGCCUAGCAAAGGUGUACUUGGUAAGUGGGAGGCCUUCAAAAGUGAAACUUUUUAAAGUACAAAGCUUGUAUGCUGUUUCUGUGCUCUAUUUUUCUAUGACUCUAAAACUAGAAAAACUCAGGCGGCCAUCCAGCUUCUGUGGAGGAGAUUGAACAGUUAGCAUUUCGGGCCAAGACACUUCAAUGACUUCAAUCACUGUGCACUAAAAUAGACAUUGUUUUUCUGUUCUACCUGUGUCCUUUCUUGUAAACAUUGAGAGUUGUGUUUAUGUUUUUCUGAUAAAUGUGGCUUAUAUGAUACUACAUAACUAUGAUGCAGCUGCAACUAAGUUUUUCUUUGCACCUGUGCAGAUGUGUACUUGCGUAUUUGACAAUAAACUUGUU